AUGACGGGCGCUCCGCCAUACAACGCCCAGUCCCCAACUCAACAGCAUCGGUUUCCUUCCUACGAAUCGCCCAGCAAGAACCGCCCGUUCUUUCCAAGCAAUGAGCAGCCGCAAUCACAACAGCAACCACAGCAGCCACCGUACUCGCCCCAUCCUCCCCAGACCCCACCGGCGUUCGGUCCAUCCUCCGUUUCGCGAAGCCCACACUUCUCCCACGCGUCUUCGCCAAUGCCGACUUCUCUGCCCCCGCCCUUGAACGGCGCGGCACCGGCUCCUCCAUCUACCCACCCGGAGUCCUCGUCACAAUACCCCAGCCAUUCGACCAGUGGCAACACCGGCCUUCCGCUUCCACGUCCCUUUUCAAGCUCGGUCAUGUCGGGUAACGGGGCAUCGCCCUAUGGCCCGUCCACACCACAUGGGCCUCCCUCUGGCCGACCGGAAGGCCACUCACAGUCCCCGACACGGGAAUCAGAGUCACCAUAUCGGGUGAGAAGCAAUGGAGCAGAAUAUGCACCCUCGGCACCGAGAGCGGCCUCCCCCCUUCGGGAAUCGAAGCCUGCUCGCGCCGCCGACCCCAUGUCUUUUGCAAGCAUUCUCUCGGGACCAACGGAAGAGCAACCCGCACAGAAAGCAUCCACUCCCCCGGCAGUCGCAUCACCUCCGCAAGCACACUCACAUGCUGAUCGUCGUGCCCCUGAUUCGGGUCCGGUACCGGGAACUUUCUAUCACAAGUCGGACAAAGGGUCGAGCCCAGAGAAGUCUGUCAGCCUCGCGAAAGGGCCAUUCGCCCCCAAUGGAGUCUCCAAGCCGGGGUCGGAGCUGUCCACUCUGGCGCCCCGUGUACCGCCACGGAAGCCUUUGCCCCCAGGCGUGGAUGCGGAGCAAGUCAAUCGCGCUGUUAGCGAUAUUGAGAACGGCGAAAAAAGUGACGUGGAAGGCCCUGGCUUCGAUGCCGAACGAGAGAUUUACAACCAAAAAGGCCAGAAGCGCUCUCUUGAAAGCCACCGGGCAGAGCAGCUUCGACGCAAGCGCCGUCGCAACGCCUUUUUGAUCGAGCUUGGUCGAUCUUUUGAGAAACAGGCUAUUUUGGGAACCGAACGAUUUCGAGCAGUCAACGCAUCCUCAGUCAUCGCCGAAGUCCAACAAAAGGAAAUCCAAGACGAGAAGGAACGUAAAAAGGACAUGCAGCGAAAGCGACGUCGCGAGAAUACCGUCCGACUGGAGCUUCAGAAGAAGGCUGAGGCCGAGGCCAAAGCGGAGAAGGCUCAGGAUUCGUCUGAGAGAGCGAAGUUCCUUCGUGAGGCUGAGCGUGCCCAAAAGAAAAUCAGAUCCACCAAGCGCGCCUUGGAGGGCGGAAGUGCACAGGAUGAGCUCGGCGAGGUCACCCCUCUGGCACCCAAUCUCGAAGGCGGCACCACCAGCUCGUUUCAUAUUGGCCGCGGAUCGCCCUCACGCCGCCGCUCUGGGCGAGCCGGUCCUGUCACCCGACCAAAGAAGUCCAAGGAGCAGAAGCAGGCCGAAAAGGAUGCUGCCGAAAACGCCUAUCUGGCUGGUCUGGACGACGAGAAUUACCUCACCCCCCGCGACUCGAAGAAGGAUGUACGGUCCAAAGAGGGGACACCCUUGCUGCACCUGCACUAUGAUAGCAAGGGCUAUAAUCAGAUCUAUGAGCAAAUUUGGCGAGACAUCGCCCGCAAGGAUAUUCCCAAAGUUUACCGCAUCAAGACUACAUCCAUGUCUACUCGCCAAGAGAAUCUGCGCAAGACCGCCCAGCUUGCAAGCAAACAGUCCCGCAAGUGGCAGGAACGAACGAACAAGAGCACCAAGGACACCCAGGCUCGUGCCAAGCGUACCAUGCGUGAAAUGAUGUCCUUCUGGAAGCGCAACGAGCGCGAGGAGCGCGAUCUGCGCCGCUUGGCUGAGAGACAGGAGCUUGAGUCCGCGAAAAAGGCAGAAGCCGAGCGCGAAGCGAACCGUCAGAAACGCAAGCUCAACUUCUUGAUCUCGCAGACCGAGCUGUACUCUCACUUCAUUGGCCGGAAGAUUAAAACAGAGGAAGCCCAAGCCGCUGGCGAUGGGAAAGUCGCUGCCACCAACGAAACAGUCCAACCCGGUAAAUCCUCAGCACACACAAUCAGCCUUCCCGACAGCGUGGCGAAUCCGAAUGCCAAGGUCACCAACUUCGAAGAUUUGGAUUUCGAUGCCGAAGACGAGAGUGCCUUGCAGCAGGCCGCUAUGGCUAAUGCUCAAAAUGCCGUGCAGCAAGCGCAAGACCGCGCCCGUGCGUUCAACAACGAGACCGGAGACCAGAUGGCUGCAUUCGAUGAAGGAGAAAUGAAUUUCCAGAACCCCACGAGUCUGGGUGACAUUGAGAUCUCUCAGCCGACCAUGUUGACUGCCAAGUUGAAGGAGUACCAGCUCAAGGGUUUGAACUGGCUCGUCAAUUUGUACGAACAGGGUAUCAACGGUAUUUUGGCAGACGAGAUGGGUCUUGGUAAGACCAUCCAGUCUAUUUCCGUGAUGGCCUAUCUCGCCGAGUUCCACAACAUUUGGGGUCCUUUCCUGGUCAUCGCUCCUGCUUCCACUCUGCACAACUGGCAACAGGAAAUCACCAGGUUUGUACCAAACAUCAAGGUCCUGCCCUACUGGGGUAACGCAAAGGAUCGUAAAAUUCUCCGCAAGUUCUGGGACCGCAAGCACAUAACUUACACCCGCGAGUCUGAGUUUCACGUUCUUGUGACGUCCUAUCAACUCGUUGUCUUGGAUGCUCAAUACUUCCAGAAAGUGAAGUGGCAGUACAUGAUUCUGGAUGAAGCCCAGGCUAUCAAGUCCUCGCAAAGUUCACGAUGGAAGAACCUUUUAGGGUUCUCCUGCCGUAACCGUCUUCUCUUGACAGGUACUCCGAUUCAAAAUAACAUGCAAGAGUUGUGGGCGUUGUUGCACUUCAUCAUGCCCACGCUGUUCGAUUCCCAUGACGAAUUCAGCGAGUGGUUCUCCAAAGAUAUUGAGUCCCAUGCUCAGAGUAAUACAAAGCUCAACGAGGACCAGCUUAAACGUCUCCACAUGAUCUUGAAGCCUUUCAUGCUUCGUCGCGUGAAAAAGAACGUUCAGCAGGAGCUUGGCGACAAGGUCGAGAAGGAUAUUUUCUGCGAUCUUACCUACCGUCAGCGUGCUCUUUAUGCCAACCUACGGAAUCGCGUCAGCAUCAUCGAUCUUAUUGAGAAGGCGGCCGUUGGCGAUGACAGUGAUAGCACCACUCUGAUGAACUUGGUCAUGCAAUUCCGCAAAGUCUGCAACCAUCCUGAUCUCUUCGAACGUGCAGAGACCAAGUCGCCCUUCUCUGUUGGAGCUUUCGCCGAGUGUGCCUCUUUCGUCCGAGAAGGAUAUUUCGUAGAUGUUCGGUACUCCACUAGGAACCGCAUUGAGUACCCUUUGCCUCGGCUCCUCUGCAGCUCCGAAGGCCGUCUGGACUUGCCAGGUCCUGGAAAUGACCGUGCUGGCUUCCAAAGCAGCUUCCUCUCGCAUAUGAUGAAUAUUCACACCCCAGAAAACAUUGUGCAAAGUGUUCGUGAAGACGAAGCAUUUUCAUUCUUGCGCUUCGUCGAUACAUCAGCAGGAGAGGCCAGUCAAUACUCUCGUCUUGGUCCGUUUGAGCGUGCGGUCCGCCGCCGUGAUCAGCCGAAUCGGUUGUCUCGCUUGAACGUCAUUUACGAUGAUGAUGAUAAGGAAAAUCAGUCUCUGGGCAAGUCAGUCUGGCAAUACUCUAUGCUCAACAUUGUGGAACGUAAUGAUCGCCAGGCCCUCCGUGAGAUUGCCACCGAGGGCCGAAUGCGGACUCUGAUGAAUGUCUCUCAAUCGGCAUUCAAAGACCAAGGUCUCAACUUGAUUGAGCCAUGCGCUGUUCCUGCCGCUUCAGCACCCCCGAUUACCCUUUCAUGUUCCGGUCAAGCAGCCUAUCGUGAGACCCAACAGACUCUAUUCAACCCCGUUAUCCGCCAGGCAUUAUACCCCACUCCUUCCAAGCAAAUAGAGGAACAGAUCAUCACGAACAAGGUCGACCCAGUUCCCUAUUCGCAUUCCCCGAUGCUCCCGCCGCCCACUUCUCUCAGAGCUCGCUACACGCACAUCGAGGUUCCCUCUAUGCGCCGCUUCGUUACGGAUUCAGGAAAGCUGGCGAAGUUGGACGAGCUGCUGCGGGAGCUGAAGGCCGGCGGUCAUCGUGUUUUGUUGUAUUUCCAGAUGACUCGCAUGAUCGAUCUGAUGGAGGAAUACUUGACCUACAGAAACUACAAGUACUGUCGACUCGACGGAAGUACCAAGCUAGAAGACCGUCGCGAUACUGUUGCCGACUUCCAACAAAAUACCGAAAUAUUCGUGUUCCUCUUAUCCACUCGUGCUGGUGGUUUGGGUAUCAAUUUGACGGCUGCCGAUACCGUUAUCUUCUACGAUUCUGAUUGGAACCCGACCAUCGACUCGCAGGCCAUGGAUCGCGCUCAUCGUCUUGGACAGACUCGACAAGUCACCGUGUACCGCUUAAUUACCCGCGGCACGAUUGAAGAGCGAAUCCGUAAGCGUGCUUUGCAGAAAGAAGAGGUGCAGCGCGUUGUCAUCACCGGUGGUGGUGCUGGUGGUGUCGACUUCAACACUCGCACUCGCGAGAAUCGUACUAAAGACAUUGCUAUGUGGCUCGCCGAUGAUGAUGAGGCUGAGUUGCUGGAACAAAAGGAGAAGGAGGCCCUUGAACGUGGAGACGCUCUUCAAGCCGCCAAGGGUGGAAAGAAGGCUGCGCCGAAGCGAAAACGUGAUCUUACGUUGGAUGAUAUGUAUCAUGAAGGCGAGGGCAACUUUGACGAUGCCAGCGCCAAGCCAUCAGGCACGGCAACACCCAUGUCCGACAAUCUCGACACUCCACCUUCUGCAGCCCCUGCUGCAAAGCGAGGCCGAGGCCGCGGCCCGGGGAAAGGCACUUCCAAACGUGCCAAAACCAUUAACGAGCGCCUCCGACUGAUCGACGGCGAUGGCGGACUCAACUAA